CUUCUGCACAACACUUUGGAUCAUCAUCCAACUCUUCCAGGCUCUCCUGCUGAUCACAAGCUGUAAUCUAUGUUUUCAACGUGUCCUCCAGAAGUCUUUGUCUGACAGCCAAACACUCAGCAAGCCCCUCUCCCUCACUCACUCCCCUCCUCUCUGCCUCACCACUUUCAUAGUGCAUCUUCUCUCUCAUUUGCAUUUGUUCCGCUUCCUCAACAAGAAGCAGUUGACGUGAAAGAGCUGUGAGAGGGGAACACCGAUCAGAGUGCAUGAGCAGGUACUCUGAGGAUGGCUGUUCAGUGUUCAGCACUCUCUAAGUCCGAUGUGUGUUGCUGAUUGAAGAGUAUUAAGGUAAUUACAGACCUGGAUCUGGAACAUCACGACAGCAGCAGGGUUACCAUGGAGACUGGCAAGCCAGGAUUGCAGAGUGCUUCGGUGCAUAUCAGCACCGUUGCAGAGCAGACAGAGGGAAGGAUGGACCUCCAGGCUCCACUGACGGCUGUUUACAUCCAAGCAGUGCCUCCUUCGCCUGCGCAGCCUCCAGCAGCUCCCCGAGAGCCAGCCACACUCCAUGUGGCCAUGCCGCCGCUUUACUCCAAGAAGACACUUCCUUUUCUCACACUCCAUAUUACUGGAGGAUUGCAGUGUCAGCCGGGAUUGAGUCUGACCGCGGCAGCUCCUGCAGCCAGACCCAAGACGUCAGGAAAACAUGUAUGUUCUCACUGUGGACGGGACUGUAUGAAACCCAGUGUGCUGGAAAAGCAUCUGCGCUGUCACACCGGGGAGCGGCCUUAUCCCUGCACCACCUGCGGAGUUUCUUUCAAAACUCAGAGCAACCUCUACAAACAUAAGCGUACUCAGGCUCAUGCCCGCCUCUGGUCUGAAUCAGAGCAGAGCAGCAUGAGCAGCCUAGACAGCAUGUCCGACUCCAGAGAGACCUGUACCUCCAGCUUGUCUCUGGACGAGCAUAGCGGGGAGUCGAGCAUCAUGGAAAAGGGUACAAAUGUUUCAAAGGAUGCCACACUGCCUGCUGAGACCAACAGCCCAGCCAGCACUGCAAAGGUCUUCUCUGUACAGACGCAUGGUUCUGUUGGUGUACAGAAUACCAUGACCCAUGCAGGUCAGAAGAUGGAAGAAAAUGAAUGUGCAAAAGUAACAAUAAAAAAACAGAGGAGGGAAGAUGAGAAACCUCCACUGACUGCCAGUCGACAUCUUCCCCUUCAGAGACAAGAAGCCACUCUGUUCUCCAAGCAGUGGGAGAACUCUGUGUCCAGAGGGAAAUCCCAGAGCCACGAGAGCACAGACUCAGGCUUCAGUGAGAGCAGUGAGCACUACCCAAGCCCCGGCAGCCUUUUACCUGACCACAGUGUAGAUUCCUUUACUGAAUCCACUAAGGAGUAUCCUAAACACACCACCACCACAAACACAACCUUAGGACCAGGCCAGGCUGGACAGGAACACAAAUACAUAGCAAGGAAGCAGAAAUCACUUGAGGAGCACAUAUCGAAGCUGAUUUCAGAGAACAAAGCUGUUGUGGAGGACAAACAGCUAGAGAACGUUAGGCCACGAAAAACGGUUCUAUCCCAGCAGGGUAGCAUUGACCUCCCCAUGCCGUACACAUACAAGGACUCCUUUCACUUCGAUAUGAGGAUCAGUAAGACUCCAAAUGUUGGGUUACAAAGACACACAAAGCCCGACUUCUACACCUCCGUGCCCACUCAGCGAUCCAACACUGUGGAGCAUGCCCCCCUCACCCGCAGCCACUCCCUCCCUUUCAGUGUGGCCCUCCUGCAGCCGGAUAGGAGCAGCCCAACCUCCUGCUAUCAGAAUGAUUAUGUAAGAAUUGUCCGGAGGGAAAGCUCAGGCCAGAUAACGCCGACUUUUGUCCAGCCUGUGAAACAGCCUUCAUCCACCCACCGCCCACUGGUCCGACAGACAGCCGUAGAUGGCAACCACGCAACAGACACUCUCUUCACGAAUCCAUCUGUGGAGGAGGCCAGCACCGGCAGUCGCAGCUGCGACGGUGAUGGUGGUGACAUUUGUGGAGAGCCAAGCAACAGAAAGUUCCGGAGGAAAAAAGCACAGAAGUUUGCCUACAACAAGUGGUACAUGUAUGGGGGAGGAACAUUCAAAAAGCUCUACAAUGCUGAAAAAGGGGGUGAUGAUAGCGUUAUCAAAGGCAGAAAAUGUUCCACAAACCCAGAGCAGGAGGUUGAGCGGCGCCUGCCCAACAGCCUGUCAGCGGUUCAUAUGGAGACAGUUACAAUAACAGACUCAACAAUAAACCUCCCCAAUAGCAGUGCUGCAGCCUGCCGCUCAGGCUGUAGCACUGCAGGAACCCCUGUCUUUGCAAAGGGUUUGAAUAUCAAAACUAGCCAGCUUCACACAUCAUGCAGCUCUCUCAGGACACCACUUCGGAGAAAUCUGUCUUUGUCAGUACUGCCGGUUUCUUCUAUUGGGCCAUUGGGUAGCCACCAAACAGACAGUAUGAGCAAAGCAGAAGCAGGGAAAAUGAUUGAUGCAGAAAAACAUUUUGACUUUUUGAAUAUUAUCCCUGACAGGAAAAAAAAGAAGACCGAUGGCAAAAUAAUUGGCCUUCUGGAGAUGGAAACCAAACCCAACACACAAAUACUCUCUAGCAUCAGCAGCGCACCUCAGCAGAAUCUCUGUUGUAUGAACCCUCCAAAAAAUCUAAAACACAUGCCGCUCAAAGCAGCUCUUCUACCAACUUGCAUUAUCAAUGCAAAUACAUUGUCUGUUAGCACCUCACUAGCCGACCCCCCCACUGCCAAGGCCAGCUUCCUGCCCAAAUACCAGCUGAAGUUACCUCAUGAUUCCGAAUCUGGUGCAGUUUCUUCACAGAAUGGUGUGGAUAAAACAACAGGAAGUGAUGGCUGCGCUUUCAACUCUGUUCUGUCACCUUAUCAGAGUGAGCAAAGCUUUCCCUCGUUCAAAGAGAGGAAAAGCGGUGAUCCCGUCAUAACAAAGCAGACUUGUGAUGUCAAAAAGACAAAUCCUGUCAGCUCAACACAAGACCAGAUCCCCACAACCCUUUCUCAGGCAGAAACAAGACUCAAUCCAACUGAAACAGUUAGACUAUCUAUAGCGCAAGGGCAAUUUUCAUCAACCACAACAACCACAACCGGCCGGCAGAUUUAUCAGGCAGGAUUAUUCAGCACUUCAAUACAGUCUUCCAAAUCCACAGGGGGCUCAGGGCCUGUACCCGGACCUGUUGCACCUAAGGUUGCAAACUUUUCUUCAACACCUACCUUAACUAUAGCACACAAUCAGUCAUCUCCUGCUGCCAUUACAGAACUCACGCAAAGUCAGGCUAACCUUCCCCUUCCUCUGUCACACACACAGCUCUUGCCAGCAUCAGAGCAUUUCAGCUCUGUAAACAGUGCAUAUGGCGGCUCAAACCGCCCUGCCGUGCCUUGUCACAUGGUACCAUUCAACCAGAUGCGGCCAGAUGAUCAGAAUGUGUUUCAUGUUCACACAGCAGACCUCCAGAUCUGCCUCCAGAUCAUAUCUGAUGAGCAGCUGGCUCUCAUUGAACCCCAAAUCGAGAGACAAUCAGUCAAUGUCCUCUCACAGAGAUGUGAUGUGGAAGCAACACUCCCGGAAAUGAGCCAAAAAAACCCUCUAAACUUUGAUUUGGAAAAAAGUGAGUCUUUACCCACACUUCACAUGGAGAAAACAAAACCUCCAGCGCCUGUUCAAUUUGUGAAGGCAGAGCUGACAGAACAACAAUACCUCUCUCAGGCUACACCAUCCGCUGAAUGUACACAUCCUGAAGCACUAAGCCCGUCACAACUGCCCCACCUAAGUGACACGGUCACUGCGACUCAGAGCUCAGCCGGUAAUGUCAUGCCAACUGCUGCUUCACUAAGCGAUGUCAAGUCAGGAAGGGGCCAAUCUUCAGAGGAGCAACACUCUCUUUCAGUGAACUGUUGUGCUGAGGAGCAGUGGAGGCUGGGCCGCGGAGCUCUGACCUCUCAAACAAGAACUGAAAGACUGGUCAAAGAAAGACAAAUCAUGCUUAACAAUCAGGCAGGUAAUGUAGGCACAAUUAAAGCUGUGGAGGACGCCUCUGCAUAUGAAAGCAGCAAGUUAGAUAGUGGAAGAAUCCAUCGCCCUCUGCAGGCCUCCGCUGCUGCAUGUGCUGAUCAACUCUCUGGGUCUUCAUCUUCAAUCAAUAAAUGCAAGAGUUCAAGACAGUUGAAGCCACAAGCAUUCAUCAACUGCAGUAAUCCAGUGCAAACCACAUUAUCAGAGACCCUUCCACAGAAAAGUGUGUUGUCACAGGAUGUCAGCAGUUCAACCCACUCAGAGAAACCACUCGCUCAGUUUGUUCCAGUGCCUUUUAGCAUCCAGGUAGAAAGACCUGAAGAUGUUCCAGCUGUCUUAAGAAGAAAUCAGAGCCCUGCUGCAGGGCUGAUGGAGAAGGAGCCGCCGACACUGGGCCCUAGAGAGAGCACCAAGCAGGGGGGCUCCCUGCAGGGCCGGGGCGGAGCCCGGCAGAGCGGAGAAACCAAGAGAGACCAGACAAAGUCACACUGCACACACACAAGUUCAGCAGAUAAGACGAAACCAGAGGCAGAAGACAUAGAGGUAGACAGGAAUGCCUUUAAACACUCUUGGCUUUCUGAUCAGCGUUUUCCCCAGACACAUUCAGGAAUGUCUGAGUAUCCUCCACAGAGCAGGUCAGAAACUCUGCCCUAUUCUGGCAGCAGUGGGACCAGCCUGUCACACUGUCCACAGGCUCCAUUGGAAAUGAACAACUUAAAUUUUUCCGGCAGCACUCUCGACCAACAAACACAGAGCCUAUGUGAAUCUUAUUCAAAUCAACCUGUCAAAGCACAGGCCAUAUUAACAGAAAUACCAAAUGCUUGGUCUCCAAUUCAACCCAGCCCUCAGCAAACAGGAACAUGUCCACAGCAGGACCAGAAGCAGAGCAGCAUCAGAGUCCAGCAUGUUGCAGGGAACAGCUGUGCCUCUUAUUCUGCUGCUGAAUUUACCAAGAGUCAGAGCGGGCUAAACCAAGAGUCAAACUACCAGGUGCUGGAUGAUAAUACGCUGCUGCCACCAGAGCCUUUUACACAGCUGCACCCUGCGGAUUAUCAGGACAGUGAGGGUAAAGCACCGAAUGACUUCAGGGGGCAGAGCAGUAUUUGUGGGGAGGGCGUUUUCUUGUGUGGCCAGCUUCUCACGGUGAGUGGAGCGAGGCCUGUGCAGAGCUGCCAGGAGUACACAGAGGACACCAGCAGCAGUGACGAUGAAGGGAAGCUCAUCAUCGAGCUUUAACAGAAACAUCUCUCUGGAUUUUUACCUGCUGCACAUAUCUUUCUUUCAGAGUCAGCGGUAAGAAUAAAGGCUCAGUUGAAACUCAAACUGUCAUUGACUAUUUGGUCACACUGACUGUCACACACUGACUGUCACAGAGCCAGGCGUCAACAAUCACAGGAUCAAUGCAGAUAGUUACAGUAAUUUAAAUGGAGCAACACCGUUUCUAUUUGGUUACACUUAUUAUUUUCCUAAAUUGAUAAUGUUCCUGCUGUGACUAGAAAUAUAGCAAUGUGGGUAGCUAUCUUUUUUUCCAGAUUCAAAGGCUUUAAUGUCAUGUGCACAGAAGCUACAGGGUUGUUAUGGCAAUGAAAAUCCAGAGCUUCUCCAACAAUGCAACAUAGUUAUAUAAGAAGUAAAACAAUAAAACACAUUUUUAAAAAAAGAACAAAAUAAAAAUAGUGUAAGAAGAAGUCUAUAUUCACGUAAAUGGAAGAUGAUAUAUUCAAGAACAGAACGUAAAAUUAAAUACUGUACAGUAAGAUGAUAUACUGUUUUUUACAGUGAUAACUAUUUAGAUAAAAUAAAUUGUGAGAUGACAACAGAUGAAUGCUUUAUGGAGACACUUCACAGAGCUCAGGUGUUUAGCAGUCUUAUAGCCUGUGGUAUAAAACUGUCUCUGAGUCUAGUGGUUUUGGUCCUGAUGCUGCGGUAACGCCUGCCAGACGGCAGCAGACAGAACAGAUUGUUGCUGGGGUGAUGGGGGUCUUUGAUAAUCCUGUGGGCUUUCUUCCUGAGCCGCUGGGAGUAGAAAACCCUCCAUGGGUGGCAGCUCCGUCCUGGUGAUGUGCUGUGCAGUUUUAACCACCCUCUGUAGAACCUUGUAGAAGGUCAGGACGCUCUCUAUGGUGCACCUGUAGAAGGUCAGGACCCUCUCUAUGGUGUACCUGGGAUUAAAGUGUGGAAUAAUUGGAGGUUUCUGACAGUCUUGCCGAAUUACCAGCACCCAGGUUGAACAUAUGAAAGAGUCAAUGAAUAUGAAACAAAGACCUAUUUUACUUUCGCCAGCUAGCUUAAUAGGAAAGCUAUUAGGGCCUGUGACACAAGCCUUCCUGUCUUGUUCUCAUGGUCUGCUAACUGAUGUUUAUGUGACUAGCAGAAAUGAGCAUUCACCUUAAGGACUCACCUGAGUGGGAACAGCAGGUUAUGGUUGGUGUCAGCAGCGAGUGCGCUUACUUUACAUGUACCUUAUGUCUUUUUGCUUGUCUGCUGCUGCUGCUGCUGCUGCUGCUGCUGUUUCCACACACACUUCUGCCACUGAACUGCUCACACUCGUACACAUGGUUAAAGAAUGAUUGCCUUCCCACACACUCUCUCUCAUAAAGUGCACUCUGAAUCUUCACAGACACCACCUGUGUGUGACUCAUGGACACAUGCUGCAGCAUUGAAAGAUCAGCAGGUGAAGCGGGCAUUGGCUGAGCCUUUCCCAGCCUGGGUUUCAUGAUGAGUCAGCAGCUAUGAUUAGGCCCUUCACAAGAACAGGAAGUGGGUGCAUGUGAACAUGUUUGUACAUAAUUCAGCAUUUUGUACACAGCUACAGCUCAUGAUGACAUGCUUGUCAUUCCUCUGUCUAUAAGUGGUUAAAAAGGUUUUCGUUUCUACAGCUGAUUUAAUAAUGUGUUACAAAUAUUUCUUUCAUUUACAUUUUCUCAAUUUAUAUUCCUGGUUUAGAGUGUAAGUGCAAUUAAAAAACAAAUGAAUUCAUCUUGAAUAUAUUGCACAUCACUUUUAGUUUUGAACUAUUUCAACAACAGGAGAGUUAAUAAAAAAGUUCCCCUGCUCUUACA